CCCAUCUGUUUGCGUUAUAGAUCAACUCAGUGAUGGCAGACUUUGAUCUCAGUCUGUUUUGGUCCAAAGGGUCAGAAGUUGACUACAAGCUCCUGCUUCAGAACCUAGUAGGCUGGAAAAAGAAGGACCUCAGAGCUGGAGCAUGAGCCUCUGUGUGACUCUUUCUACAGGGAAGCAGAUGCCCCUGCUUGGUCUUGGUACAUGGAAGAGUGCUACAGGACAGGUGAAGCAGGCAGUGCUGGCAGCCUUAGACUGUGGCUACAGACACAUCGACUGUGCUGCUGCAUACAGUAAUGAAGAGGAGGUGGGACAAGCUCUGGCUCUGAGGGUCGGUCCUGGUAAGAAUCUGCCACGUGAGGAGGUAUUUGUAACUUCCAAACUGUGGAACACCAAACAUGACCCACAGGAUGUUGAAGAAGCAUGUAGGACCAGUCUAGCCCACCUGGGUCUCUCCUACCUGGACCUCUACCUCAUGCACUGGCCAAUGGCAUUUCAGUCUGGUGAAGAGCUGAUGCCUCGACGAGAGGAUGGAAGCAUUUGUUACUCAGACACUCACUACAGAGACACAUGGAAGGCCAUGGAGUGUUUACUGGAUAAAGGUCUAGUCAGAGCCAUAGGCCUGUCUAACUUCAACGCCAGACAGACUGAUGAAAUCAUCAGCGUGGCCAGACACAAACCUGUGGUCAACCAGGUGGAGUGUCAUCCCUACAUGAUUCAAGCAGACCUGCUCUCUCACUGCCGGUCAGUAGGAGUGUGUGUGACAGCCUACAGUCCUCUGGGCAGUGGAGACAGACCGUGGGCAUCUACUGAUGAACCCAGUCUACUGCAGGAUCCUCAGCUGAAGACCAUCGCCCUGAGAUACCACAAGACCCCAGCUCAGGUCAUACUGAGGUGGAAUGUUCAGAGGGGUGUGGUGUGUAUCCCUAAGAGUGUGACACCCUCUAGAAUCCAGCAGAACAUACAGGUGUUUGACUUCUCACUCUCAGAGGAUGACAUAAAGCUGAUCGAUUCCUUCAACCGCAACACUCGAUUCAUCGUCCCUUCUGUGGAAAGAGACGGUAAGAGGGUGUGGAGAGACGCAGGACAUCCUCAUUUCCCCUUCUGUGAUCCUUACUGAGGCCAUGCUAGACUCUCUCUUAAAAAAAAAAACAAAACAAAAAACCUAGUAAAAGGUAAUUAUCCGGCAGCUCAAAUGCCACAGAAUUACCACCCCAAAAAAAAGGCAAAACCACUAUCCUGUUAGAGAUAGUUAUUUCCCAUAAUUAAAAUACAACUUAAUACUGAAAUACUAUAUUAAUUUCACCAU